AUGAUUGCCGAGAAGUAUGGCGCUGCAAUCAUAGCGUACGACUUCAAGCAGGCAGGAAGUACUGCUAAGGUAGAUUAUGUUUCAGAUGCAGACGCCCUUAUAGUAAAUGCAAUUUACUUCGAAGCAAAUUGGUAUCACAAGUUUAACAAGGGAUUCACAAAAAAGGCUAUGUUUCAUCAUUCUGCAGAUAAUAAAGAAAAGGUAGACUAUAUAAAUGAGUACAGAAAAAAUCGCAUGUAUGCUGAGAAUGAAGUCGUUCAAGUUCUAUCGCUACCCUAUAAGGACACAUCCUACUCUUUCAAUAUAUUUUUGCCUAAGAAAAGAUUCGACAUUGAUGAGCUCCGUGCAAAGUUGGAUGGAGCUGCAAUUCAAAAUCUGCUCUCAUGUUCAAGAUCAACGUAUUUAAGCAAAAUAUCAAUUCCCAAAAUGAAACUUGAAAAGGACUACGAGUUGAAACAGGCUCUGUUGGCUAUGGGUGUUACCUACCUCUUCGAUAGCGCAUCGGCCGAUCUAUCAGGGAUUUCAAAAGUCGGCCUGUAUGCGUCUGACGCAAAGCAUAGAGCUUUUAUUGAGGUUGACGAGGAAGGUACAACUGCAGCCGCAGCAACUUACAUCGGAAUAAGGAAACCAAUGAUGUUGACCAUCCACCAAAACCCCAAAAAAUUCAUCGCAGACCACCCAUUCAUUUUUAUUCUCAACAAGGAUAAAAACGCUCUCUUCAUUGGGCAAUUUGUAUGA